AUGUAUGAAGAACAUGAAAAAUGGAGAAAAGAAUUUGGUGUUGAUACAAUUUUUGAAGAUUUCCAUUAUGAAGAAAAACCAAUUGUUGCCAAAUAUUACCCACAAUAUUAUCACAAGACCGAUAAAGACGGUCGUCCAGUCUAUAUUGAAGAAUUAGGUUCUGUCAACAUUACUGAAAUGUAUAAAAUUACCACUCAAGAACGUAUGUUGAAAAAUUUAGUUUGGGAAUACGAAUCAUUUGUUAGAUAUAGAUUACCAGCUUCUUCAAGACAAGCUGGUUACUUGGUGGAAACAUCAUGUACCAUCUUAGAUUUAAAAGGUAUUUCAAUUUCUGCUGCUGCUCAAGUUUUAUCAUACGUUAGAGAAGCUUCAUUUAUUGGUCAAAAUCAUUAUCCAGAACGUAUGGGUAAAUUUUAUUUGAUCAAUGCACCAUUUGGAUUCUCAACUGCCUUCCGUUUAUUCAAACCAUUCUUAGAUCCUGUUACUGUUGCUAAAAUUUUCAUCUUAGGUUCAUCAUACCAAAAGGAAUUAUUAAAACAAAUUCCUGCUGAAAACUUACCAGUUAAAUUUGGUGGUAAAUCAGAAGUUAGUGAUGCUGAAGGUGGAUUAUUAUUAUCAGAUGUUGGUCCAUGGAGAGAAAAGGAAUUCAUUGGUCCAGAAGGUGAAGCUCCAAAAGCUUUUUCAUUAACUUAG